CCUGUAGAUCGCAGUUAUCGGUGGGCUCGCAUUACAGACGACGAUCAAAGCGGGGUGCUGUACAUUGUCACGUUUCUGUCAUUCAUAUACACCAGCCUUACGUUUCUGACGCGCAUAUUUAUCAAAUGGCGCAUGUUGGGAUUGGAUGAUGCGGCUGUGCUGCUUGCACAGGUGACGGACUUGAUUCAAUUUUCAUUGCUGCUCCUGUCGUUGUCGGCAGGACUGGCAAAGUCCUUUGGGACCUUGACCGAUGCGCAGUAUACGCGCAUGGCAUGGGCAUAUUCCAGCAACCAAGUAGUCGUCUACAUCUGCCUCGGCUUCUCCAAGCUCUCCACCAUCCUCCUAGUCCAGCGCCUCUUCACGAGAGAAAUGCGAAAUGCCUGGAAAACCUGCGUCUUCAUCACCGGCAUCGUCGUCAUCUGGAUUAUCGCCUCUGCGUUCCUCGUCUCAAUCGGUUGUCCCGCUACCACUCUAUCGCCGCGAACCUCUUCCCAGAUAUGCGAAGGAAUCGAGAGUCGCUAUCUGUUCGUCACUGCCACAGACGCCCUAACCGACUUUAUCCUCGCACUCACCCCUACCUACCUCAUCCGCAAUCUCCAAAUGUCCAUAUCGUUUAAACUACAAGUCCUCGGCAUCUUCGGGCUACGCCUACCUCUGCUUCUACUCACGAGCCUGUUCUUCUUAUCUUGGAGAAAGGCACUGCACAGUGCGAACCCUGGUGUAGACCGUGUAGGCGCAUUGGAGCUCCAGCAAUGUCAAGUCUGCGCCUCGCUUCUUGCCAGCACCAUUCCCUGUUUGAAAUCUUUCAUUCAGAGCUUCGACACGGGCAGCGGU